UUGUUGCCCAUUUAUAAAACCCCCUUUUCCAACUCAACUUUUCUUCUGCCUUUCUCUCCUCUUACCUUUUCUCUAAGGAUCGAUGGCGGCUGAAGUUAGUUCUCUGCUUAGGAUUAUGAACGCUGCUGCUGGUGGCUUGUUGAAUGAUUCAUCAUCUUCUUCUUCUUCUUCAGCCAAUAAAUCAACGGCUUUAAUCACGAGGGACUUGCUCGGAGGUUGCCGCUCCCUUGAUUCUAAGGAAUUGGACCUUGAUUUGCAGGUUCCUUCUGGCUGGGAAAAGCGCCUCGACCUCAAGUCAGGAAAAGUAUAUUUACAGAGGUGCAAUUCCUCAAAUUCUUCAUCAACGACUUUGGAACAGAAGCAACAAAACUAUCAAACAGUUGGAAAGCUUCAAGACCUUAAUUUCCCUCCUACAUCAAAGCAACCGGUCAACCUCUUUGAUGAACCAAAUUUAGACCUAAAGCUGCUUCCUUCGUCCUCCUCUUCGCCAUCAUCAUCAAGUUAUCACAGUGUAUGCACCCUUGAAAAAGUGAAGUCUGCUCUGGAAAGGGCAGAGAAGGAAACAACCCGGAAACGUUCAAUAUCAGUGUCAAUGUCAUCAUCUCCAACGUCAAAUUCCUCAUCCUCAAUCAAGGAUACAGAGAUCAAUCAAGAGAACAUAUCCACUUCUUUCGCUGUUGGAUGUCCUAGUUGCCUGCUUUAUGUGCUAAUAUCGAAGAAUGACCCUAAAUGCCCUCGUUGUCAUACCAUCGUUCCAUUACCUGUAGCAAUGAAGAAGCCUCGGAUUGAUCUUAACAUAUCCAUAUAAGAUUUUGAAGAGCCAAGAAAUCAUUUUGAUUUUUUUUUGUUUUUUUGUAAAGAUAGAAAAUAUAAUCUUGUAAGUUAUAGAAUGGUAUAUACAUGUUUCAAAUGUUUGAUGUUCCUUCUUGGCAGAGUAGUAUAUGAAUUCACCAGAUUCUCUUAGCUUCGGCUUCUCUCUGUCUUACCCCCUUUCUUUUGGGGGGGAUAAAUGCAUGCGUCGUUAAUAUUCAGUCUUUUGGCAAUAUGCAUGUAUAUCGAUACGUAUUCGAGGCCUUGUGUUGCUAUUGUGAAUGUUAUUUAGGCAUGGUAAUUACAAAAUUUCAUUA